AUGGUGCUGUUGCUCAUUGCAUUCCUGUCUGCCUGGGCUCAUCCUGCAGGGUCCACGGCCAGCAGCAGUAGCGGCGAUGACGAUGAGAAGCAACCCCUGGCCAAACGGGCCUCGUGGGCAUCUCAGCACGCCCUGCCACAGCCUGCUGCACCGCGGGCAGAGGCGAGGACACGAGUCAACCGCUUUCCCAAGAUCCCACGAAGCGAGCGCUGUGGCAGUUGUGAAAACUGCCUCAACCCGCAGCGCAAGAAGGCAUGCAUUGUGGCACGGCAGCGCAUGGAACACCGCCUGAAGUCGCAGCAGGGCACGUUGGCACGGUCAGGGACCACCAAAAAGCCCACCGUUAUAGCUGCGUCAGCGAUGUCCAUCCCUGCCAAAGGACCGGUGCCGACCGUGGACCCCUUCACGCGUUGCCUCACUGGCAUCCUGUCCAGCAGUGGCGGCGUGAUGCAGGACCACCAUCUGGCGCUGCUGCUGCAGCUGGUUAAGCGUGCCAAGACCAAGCCCCACCGCACCGCGCUGCUGGUGGUGCUGCAGCUGUCGUCGCCCAACAUUCUCCGCCAGGCGGUGGCUGCCAAGCUGCUGCUGGAGCUGCAGCUGUGGCUGAGCGAGUUCAUUGCCGAGGGUAGGCAGGCGCUGGUGCAAAAGACGCUGGCGUGCCUGCACAAGCUGCCUGUCACGCUGGCGGCGCUGCAGCCACCAUGCGAGCUGGGCAAGAUUGUUGGCCGCCUGCGCAAGCACGAGAGCUUUGGCAGCCCCGUGAUUGAGCCAGCCAAGCGCCUGGUCGUGCGCUGGAAGGCCAUGGUGGAACAGAGCGCCAAGUCGGCCAGUACCACUGCAAGCAUGGGGGCACCUGCACCACCGGCUGCCAAUGCAAGCGUGGCGGCGCCGCCGCUGGAGACACAGCCCUCUGCCAGCUUGUCCGUCACUGAGGAUGGUGACCUGUUCAAGGGCACUGACAAGCAGCGGACAGGCGUCAAGGAUGGUGUUGCUUUAUCGAAGAAGGAACGGGCGGUGGCAGCAGCGCGGCGUGUGCCGUCGCCGGAACCACAGCCUCGGAAGGAGAAGAAGAAGAAGGUGACUUGGCAGGAUGAGGAGGCCAUGGUGGGGGUUCGCUGGUUUCGCAAGGAGGACCAGGAGCGACUUGCCCUAGAGCAGCGGCUGGCACAGAUGCUGCCCACCAUCGCGUGGAUGAACCCAGCAGAGAAUGAUGCCAUGUCGGAAGCGGAACUGGCAUCCAUGCCAGCCCCGCCUGCUCGAGGGGAGGACAGCAUAGAAGCGACUGAGGCCGCAGCUAGGCGGCAACAGAGACCCUGCCGCUACUUCAACACACCGCAGGGCUGCUACAUGGGGGAUCGCUGCAACUUUGCACACAGCACCGUCCCCAGCAGCGAGCAUGGACGGAACAGCAGCAAUAGCAAGCGGCCGGCAGAAGAUAACAAGGCUUGGCACCACCAGGCCAGCUUCAAGCGAGGACGCAUAUGA